AUGUCUCACCUUGACCGAGUCUGCACAACUUGGGGAAACUAUCACUUCAAGACCUUCGAUGGGCAUUUCUUCCAGCUGGCCUCCACCUGUAACCAUGUGUUGGUCUCCCACUGCGGGGGAAGCUAUGAGAGUUUCAUCAUCCAGAUGAGGCGGGGCCUGGUCAACAACACCGCCACCAUCAGCAGCAUCACCAUGAAGCUGGAUGGCUCAGUGGUGAAGUUCUCCAACAGCUCCGUCAUAUUCAACGACCAGAAGGUGUCUCUGCCACUUGUUGCCUUCGGAGUGACAAUCAAAAGGACCACAUCCAGUAUCUUUGUUGAAGCCAAUCUUGGAAUCAAGGCUAUUUGGAAUCUGGAUGACUCCUUAGAUAUCGAGCUGGAUAGCAAAUAUCAGAACCAGACCUGUGGACUUUGUGGAAACUUUGAUGGGAUAGCUAAUGAUUUUAUAAAAGAUGUGGACUUGGCUGAGACUUACAAGGUAAACGGGCCCACUGAGACGUGUGUGGAACCCGACCUCAGCCCGACCCGGAGCUGUGGGGAUAAGCUGCUUUGUGAGGAGACCUUCACCAACGAUCCGUUCAGCAGCUGCCAGAACCUCCUGGAUGUGGAAUCGUUUACCAAGGCGUGCAUGGCAGACAUGUGUAACUCAGAAGAGAAUACAGAGUCCAUCUUGUGCAAAACCAUCUCAGAGUUCUCCAGACAGUGCGUCCAUGCAGGAGGAAGACCCCAGCCUUGGAGGAACGAAACCUUCUGCUACAAGCGAUGCCCAUACAACAUGGAGUUUCUGGAAUGUAGCCGGCCAUGUCAGGACUCCUGCUCCAACCCACAGGCCAGUCAGACCUGUGACAGCCAUUGCCACGAUGGCUGCAGCUGCCCUGCAGGAAUGGUGUUUGAUGACAUUGGUAACACAGGAUGUGUCGCAGCUGAUCGGUGCCCAUGUCUCCAUCGCAACCAGAUCUACCAGUCAGGAGAGUCCUACUCAUUCAACUGUAGAUCCUGUGUUUGUGAGAAAGGCCACUGGACGUGUACAGAGGAAAACUGCUCGGGAACCUGUUCUGUGGAGGGAGGAGCUCACGUUACCACCUUUGAUGGGAAAAUCUACACCUUCCACGGAGACUGCUCCUAUGUUCUGGCUAAACAGAGUGAUGGCUCCCUGUACACUGUGUUAGUGGACCUGGUCAAAUGUGGUCUGACAGACAGCAGGACGUGUCUCAGAGCCGUUACUCUGGCCCUGGGCAGUAAUGCCGUGGUCAUCAAAAUUCAAGCAUCUGGGCAAGUCUAUGUCAACAAUAUUCUUUCUCAGCUUCCAUUGUUUACAUCUGAGCUGAGCGCCUUUUGGCCAUCCUCCUUUUAUGUUGUAAUAAGCACCAAAGUGGGAAUCCAAGUGAUGGUCCAGCUCUCUCCUGUGAUGCAAGUCUUCGUUUCAGCUGAUGUGUCACUCAAAGGAGCCACAUCCGGGUUAUGUGGGAACUUCAACAACAUAAUGAGUGAUGACUUCUGGGUCAUCAGUGGACUUGUGGAGGGAACCGCUGCAGCAUUUGCCAACACAUGGAAAACCAGAGUCAGCUGUCCUGACAUCAUGCCACGCUUUGGAGAUCCUUGCAGCCAGGACAUUAGCAGAGAGAACUAUGCACAGUACUGGUGUUCCAAAUUGACUGAUCCGCUGGGAGUGUUUGCCCCUUGCCACUCUGUUGUCAGCCCCAGCUCAUACAAAGACAACUGCAUGUACGACGGCUGUAACUGUGAAAAAAGCGAAGACUGCAUGUGUGCUGCGGUUUCCUCAUAUGUCUAUGCCUGCUCAGCAGCAGGAGUCCACAUCAGUGGCUGGAGGGAAACCAUCUGCGGAAAAUUUAGCGAAUCAUGCCUAUCAGAAACAGUUUAUGAGUACAACAUGACCUCCUGUGGUCGGACGUGUCGUUCCCUCAGCCAGGCUGAUUACUCCUGCCAGGUCAACUUCACCUCCGUGGACGGCUGCGGCUGUGCUGAGGGAACUUACAUGAAUGAAGGGGGACAGUGUGUGUCCAGUGCGAGCUGCCCCUGCUACGAUAAGGACACCUUUAUUCCUGCUGGACAGGCCAUCAUCAAAGAUGGAGUAACAUGUGUCUGCAGACAUGGGGUCCUCAGCUGCUCAGGAGGAGCCAGACUACAAACCUCUACAUCAUGUGUCGCCCCCAUGAUUUAUUUUGAUUGCUCCACUGCUCAGCUUGGCACCACUGGGGCUGAGUGUCAGAGGAGCUGCAGCACGGUGGACAUGCCUUGUAUCAGUACAGGCUGUACAUCUGGAUGUGUGUGCCCAGAAGGCCUGCUGUCAGACGGAGCAGGAGGCUGCAUCAAUGAGACAAGCUGUCCAUGUGUCCACAAUGGACACGUCUACCAGCCAGGACAGACUCUCACAGUGGACUGUAACACCUGCUCAUGCAGCGGACGAACGUUCACUUGUACCAAUAAUGUUUGCAAUGGAGUUUGUGGGAUCUAUGGAGAUGGUCAUUAUAUUACGUUUGAUGAUAAAAGGUUUGACUUCAGUGGACAAUGCGAAUACACACUCCUACAGGAUUAUUGCAGCCCUGGUCAGGGAAACAGAAGCUUCAGUAUUAUCACUGAGAAUGUUCCAUGUGGAACCACUGGGACCACAUGCUCCAAGACCAUUAAGAUCUUCCUAGAGGAUAAUGAAUUCCAUCUUAAAGAUGACAGUUUCCAGGUUAUAAAAGGAAACAUCAAUGUUCUCCCUGUUUCUGUACAAAAAAUGGGUAUUUACCUGGUGGUGACCGUCCAAUCAGGGCUGGUAGUCAUGUGGGACCAGAAGACCAGCCUUUUCAUUUCUCUCAGUCCACAGUUCCAGGGUGAAGUGUGUGGCCUUUGUGGGAACUACGAUGGCAACAGUAAAAAUGAUUUUACCACACGCUCUCAAGACACUGUGACAGAUGUUUUAGAUUUUGGGAACAGCUGGAAAGUGUCAUCUAGUUGCUCUAAUGCCCAGCUUCUCAGUGAUCCCUGUGCCUCCAACCGCUACCGGGCAGCCUGGUCUCAGAAGCAGUGCAGCAUCAUAACCAGCGCCACCUUCCACAGCUGUCAUGCAAAAGUUGAUCCUGGCCCAUACUAUGAUUCUUGUGUGAGAGACUCCUGUGCUUGUGACACUGGAGGUGACUGUGAGUGUUUCUGCACCGCUGUGGCUGCCUAUGCCAAAGCUUGCAGCACAGCUGGAGCCUGCAUCAGCUGGAGAACUCCAAAGUUGUGCCCUAUUUUCUGUGACUACUAUAACUCCCCUGGUGGCUGUGAAUGGCAUUACAAGCCUUGUGGAGCUGACUGUAUGAAGACAUGUAGGAAUCCCUCAGGAAACUGUACCAAACUCAUCACUCACAUGGAAGGUUGCUAUCCACAGUGUUCUCACACCAAGCCAUUCUUUGAUGAAGACACAAUGAAAUGUGUGAACUGGGACCAGUGUGGAUGCUAUGAUGACAAAGGCAUCCAUUACAGCACAGGCGAGAAGGUUCCAUCCAACAGCUGUUACACUUGCCUAGGCAAUAGCAUUGUCCCAAGAGUAGAACUUAUCAUGAAUGAGAGGCUCUACAGCAAUGAUGACCCAUGA